GCGAAUAGACUGCUAGCUUUCUCUAACUUCAAAGAUGGCCGUCUGACUCUGAGGAUUUUGUAACAGAAACACAGACUUUGCACGUGUUUUGUUCCAAUUAUUCCAAAUUCUCCCAUUUUCCAACGCCACGAUGCCGGUGGGACGGAACUGGGCGAAGCUUCUGCGGGCAUGGAACCCGCAGUGGGUCAUCGGGAGGGUCGUGGGGGUCAGACUGGAGCAGGUCGCCAAGGUCAAGUGUGUGAAGAUGGUUCUGGACCCGUACAUCGUCAAGUAUUUUGGGAAGCCCAGAAUAUUCUACGUGUACGACCCAGAGAAGAAGUGCACCAUGGGAGAUGUUGUUCUACUGAAGGCUCUACCCGAACCCGCGCCGACGACACCCCACCCCUCCACUCACGAGAUUAGUGAAUUUGUGCAUCAGGUUGGGAGAAUAUACGACCCCAUCAGAGGCCAGCGCUGUGAAGGCACGACCCUCCUCCCCCCUGAAACACACAAACUUCCCCAGCAAGCAACCAGAGGGCGACCCUACAGCGAGAUACCUCCAGCCGAAAAGUCACCCUACGAAAAAGUCUUACCGGAGUCAGAAUAUCACCGCAAUAAAGGACUACCAUGAUAGGUUUAGGAGCAGUAAAGAACCUUGAAGUUCUUGUUUCUGUGGAGCCUUGAAUCAUAGAUUAUAAGUUAUUACUUAUAGGUGCAUUUCUGAAAACAUGACAUUAACUACCGGUAUUCCAGUAUCUCCAUACAAAUAUGUACUGAGAGGAUGCUUUAGAGAGCUAAGUUUAGAAUCACAUGGUUGAUAUGUUCAUUUCUGUUAUAAAGCUAAUGUCUGAUACCUGGGAAAUAAAAUCUACAAAAACAUGACAGCAUUUGGGAGUGGUGUAUACUUUUAUUUACUUGUUCACACAGUAAAAGUACAAUUGCAGAUUCUGUCACACAAACUGGGAUAACACCUAGAUAAUGCGAGAUGAAGACUGUUCUGUAACAGGUUAUUGUUUUGCUAAGAUAUUUGUUUUUCCUGUAUCUUAUAUUCUUUACCAAGAAAGGUGUUGAAAUGAAUAUAUGGACUGUUGUCUUGUGUUUCAUACUUCACUCCUGUACAGUAUAUCUUAAAUUGUGUUAUAUACAUGUACACUACAUGUAUACAUAUGGAUUUGUAGUCUUUGGGGUGGUUACAGAAGUCAAACCAUGACCAGGUUUUGAUUCCAACAAAUUCUGAAGCAACAUCCAAUACAAUAAAGGU